GCGGCGACGGAGGACAGCCCCGCCGAUGACAACGUGCCAGUGUACGACAGCGACGGUGGCGGCCACGACGUCUGGCCUCCAGUGUUGAACAGUCGCCCCGACACCCCUUCAGUAUUACACUCUUCUCACCAGGGACAGUAUUACCGGGAACAACAUGGGUGCUCUACAAGUAUUAUGUUGGUGUUGUGUGCGGGCGGCGGUGCCAUGGGAGUGAGUCAGGCCAGGAGCAACCGCUGGUGGCGCCACGCAAGGAGUGCCUCCGUUGCAACAGUUGAUAACUGAGAGUCAGUGAGAGGCAGCGGGGCCCGCCGACCAUGGUUGGAUUUGUGGAUGGUUGGCGCGAGGCAGGACUGCACGGCCCUGGCGACCCUUGACGGCCGACCCCUACACCCUACACCCUCUUGCCACACCCACCACACACACACACACACAGUAUUAUUCAACCUCUCCACCUACGCCGUGACGCUGAUAUAAUCAUCCAGAGUGGAGGGACAGUCACUCCACCUUGGAGGUCACCGUAACGCGUCACUCAUGGGCAACUCUUCCCUGCCUGCUGGUCUUCCCGGAUGUUACCUCCGCCUCCACCCUAACCCACACUUUGUGUAUCAAGUAACCUGCUGACCUGUAUCUCUCCUGAAGGUGUUCUACCCACACUCUUGCCUGGCGCAGGCUCCGGGGCCCCGACACGAGGCCCCACGUGUAACUGUGGCAGGUGGUGGAGCGUGAGAGCCUGCAACAGUCAGUAACUAUGCAACCUGACAGCAACAGCCCAAAGUUACCCAAGAGGUAGGACGGCCCGGGAAAGCAUGGCACAGGUGACCCUCCGGAGGCCGUGAGCGGCGGCGGCCACAAGUGACAGGUGGUGGCACGAGGUGACAGGUGGUGGCACGAGGUGACAGGUGGUGGCGCUGACAGGUGGUGGCACGAGGUGACAGGUGGUGGCGCUCCGUGACGAAGGCUGGCCAAAUAUACCCGUGGCCAGUCACCGGUGGAGGCGGGGGAAGGCAGGGCGCCGCCUCCUUACAACUCCUCGCUCCCGUCAGUAAGGUUGGCACAGCGUCAGGUGUCGCACGUGCCACUCUGACACGGUUGUUGAGGGCGUGGACGGGGUAGCGGGCGGGCACGGGGGUCCGCCAGAGUGCGACUGUGGCUUCCGCCCAGUCCGCCACCGCUGCUGCCUCCGCCUGGGGCGGCCAGCGUCUGGCCUCGCAUGGCCGCGGUAAUGUUCCUACGCAAGGCAAUGCGUUACUACCGACUGUGGAUCUACACGUGCAAUGCCGUCCUGCUCGUGUCAGUGUUCGUCUUCGUGGGCGUGGCCUUGAGCGUGGCAUCGCACCCCUACCUGACACUGGUGCCAGCGCUGCCUGCCUACCACCCUACGCUUCUCUACGGCUACGUGGCACUGCUGCUGCAGGCGGGCGUCUUGCAGGCGCUGGGCUGCGUAGGGGCGCUCAGACUCUCCCAGAAACUACUCAACAUCUACUGGCUGCUCCUGCUGUUCCUGCUGCUGGGAGACGUUGUGGUGGGGCUGGUUUGGCUCUACCGCUUCUCCCACCUCACGGAAGGUCUGCGCCCCUAUGCUCGCUCCACUCUGCUCAACCACUACGGUAAGGACGCAGACGUCACGGACGCCUGGGACACCCUCCAGACGGCGGCCAAGUGUUGCGGUGUGGCGGGGCCGCGGGACUACAACACCACGUGGUGGGAGAACCGUCACCCACACGUCUACAUCAAGCUGCCGGCGUCGUGCUGCGUCAAGAACGACAGCGAGGGCGCCACGUCUGCUUCCCGCCAGUUUACCUACCCGCAGGCAGACCAGGCAGCGCGCCACGUGGACCCCUACCAGCGCGGCAAGUCCAAUUCAGACCAUUCCAAAAGUCACGCGCGCCCCGAGAACCAGCCGGGGCGUGCGUACGAGCGUAACUUGACUUGUGGGGACGCUGACGACAAGGACUACCACGCCAAGGGCUGCGCCCCGCACCUGGAAAAGUGGCUGCUGAAUUCAGCAGAGACGCUCAUGAUACUGGGCUUCUGUGUCAUAGCAUUUAUUAAGUUGUGUUUUGUGGGUAUUUUACGCUUUGAAAUACAAGAAAUGAUUCAGAAGAUAAAAGUGUUACAAGGAGAUAAUCCAUGCGUGCCGAAUCCCGAGAUCGCGGCGGCCUUGGGCAUGAUGUCGCCGGAGAAGCCAGGUGAGUGUGGCGGCCUGCUCAGCUCUGGAGGCGGCGACGGUGACGGCUCCGGCAGGGAACACGGCAGGAGAGGCGACGCCCAAGGCGACGCCGAGUCUGCCGCUGCCACACCUCUCACCCAGCCUCGCCUUAACCACCUCUCUAGCCACACUGACGGGGCGGAGUCCGACACCAACUCUCACUGUGCGCUCAUCACAGACACGCCCGUGCGCCGCCCGCAGCCUGACAAGCGCAAGCCCAACGGCAAUAACAAUGAUGUUACGGAACUGCGCGAGCUUCGACACGUACGUCAGACACAAAUAUGAUCACGACCUCCAGGCAGCCAGACUGUGAACGUAUCGUCCAAGGUCGUUACCGCAGCUUAGGUCAGCCCGAAAUAAGUGAUCUUAGGCUAGAACGUAACAGAGAUAGUGUAGAAUAUAGGAGUGAGUGUAGCCCGGUGAGGUGGCGAGUACACCCGGGGGGCGUGAGGCUGCUGCUGGUGGUGCCGGCCACUGACGGCCACGUCUCUGCCAGCGGCGCCACCUUCCUAAGCUUUAAUUACCAAGCUCCCCGGGACGUGUCUCUCGGGGUUUCUGGGGGAUGUUCCGCCAUGACACGGACGUCAGGUGACGGGUGUCCCGCCACUGACGGAGGACUACCUACGCUCUCCACGAGCGUUGAGAAAUACUCAAAGAAUUAGGAGAGUGAGAGGAGCGAAGAUGAUCAAGGAAUACGAGUGAGGUUACAGAGGUGGUUCCUGCCCGGAAAUAUCAAACAAAUCAUACAAGUUCAAAAAUGUGUUGCCAGUGGGCGCCUGAGCGCGGCCCUCGUCUCCUCCGCUGGAGGAUGUGAAGCACCAGUAAAGCCUUCCAUCUUCACCGUCUCUAAGAUCCGGCCGUAGUGGAGCCAUACGCCGCGGUGUGGACAAACAGGGUCAACCCAUCCACUCCCAGGCAUCAAGGAGCAGACAAUGGAACAUCCUCGGCUACCCUGGAACACCCUUGUGCCAUCUGGAGCCUCCUGGAGCACCCAGGCGCAGUCUGGAGCCUCCUGGAGCACCCAGGCGCAGUCUGGAGCAUCCUGGAGCACCCAGGCGCAGUCUGGAGCAUCCUGGAGCACCCAGGCGCAGUCUGGAGCAUCCUGGAGCACCCAGGCGCAGUCUGGAGCACCCAGGCGCAGUCUGGAGCAUCCUGGAGCACCUAGGCGCAGUCUGGAGCCUCCUGGAGCACCUAGGCGCAGUCUGGAGCCUCCUGGAGCACCCAGGCGCAGUCUGGAGCCUCCUGGAGCACCUAGGCGCAGUCUGGAGCCUCCUGGAGCACCCAGGCGCAGUCUGGAGCACCCAGGGCCACCAGUCACAUGCUGGAGCACCCUUACGGUCAAAAUUACAAUUUGAAACUCACAAAACAGAACACAAAUUAUUCGGACAUAAAUAAAUAUAUCAUAACUUAGGAGUGGUUAUCGUAAGCUUCAACAAGCUCUUGCUAAAAACAUGUCAAAUGUUUGGAACUUAAUGAAAAUACAAAUAGCAAAUCAGAAAGGUCACAGAAUAAUCCGGCAGACAUGAAGCUCGGUGUAUGAGUGUGCGUGUGCGUGUGCGUGCGUGUGUGUGUGUGUGUGUGUGUGUGUGUGUGUGUGUGUGUGUGUGUGUGUGUGUGUGUGUGUGUGUGAGGGCCGGAGAGCUGGACAAAGGACAGUACAGUCUAAGAUAGACUUCUGUGAUGCCGUGGUGGCGGUCCCGCCCCUUGGACGGUUGGUUUAGUUGUAAGGCCAUAAGUCGUCUGUGAUUGGUUAUUACUUAUAAAAGUGUGGUGUGGCGUGUCAGUGUGACCUAGAAGUGCCCGGGUCAAGGACCCCGCGUGUACAUACCUGACCUCUCUUGAGGUCACCACCCUCCUCCUCUAGACGUGUCCACCUACUGACUGGCUAAGAGUCAAGACACCUGCGUCUACCCUUCAAGUCUGACGUCAGUCUUCAAGUCCGACACCGCUAACUGAAGCACCUGGAAACCGCCAAAAAAAAAAGGUCCAGAAAAGUCGUUGAAACUAUUCAGACGAUGAGUCACAAUAACGGGGCUGAAGAAGUGA